CAUUUUGGUCCUUCUCGGAAACUUGGACCCAUCGCGGGAUAAUCAUGGUUCUCAAACAAAGAGGUGGUUACUUGGGGGCUAUUACAAAGCUCGAGACUUUCAUCCAAGCAUGCAGCGAGCAGCAGUUUGUGGCAACAACCAGGUCAGCUCUCGAGUCUUCUCUGAACACUUUGGCGUCUACAAGGGCCAAAUACAUGGAGGUUCAGGAACAGGUGAUCGCUCAGCAAGAAUUGGAGAGCCACAGACAACGUGAGGAAGAAGCUCUCUCAAGCGUACUUGAACGAUGCGAUGCCUUGGAGACUCGCAUUAGGGAUUUGAUCGACCAAAUUCCGGAGAAUCCCUUGGACACUUCCAUGGACGAGAUGAAGACGUGGAUGCAGGAGCGGAUGGAAGCCCAGCUGAAGGAGCAAGAGAGAAGGCAUUUGCAAGAAAUAAAUAAAAUGAGUCAGAAAAUUGCCUCUCUCUCUGCUCAAGCUCAAGAUGGCCCGCCAAAGCAGGAAUUCUCCAAUGAAAGUAAUAAGUCUCUCAUCAAGGCGAAGGAAACGCAAUCUCAACUCAUGGAAGUCAUGGCAGGGGGAGGAUUCGUAUUAGCCAAAUGGGUCUCCAAUCAUCCGGAAAUCCAGCCAAAUGGGGCAUCUAAAACAAAUACGGCAAUUAUUCAAGACUCCACCAAGGCUCUCGGACUCAGAUGGAAUGCUGAGUUUGACACUUUCCAUUUCAUUUCGCCAAUUUCAACCGAUGUUGAGAGAGUCACGAAACGAUCUGUGGCAUCCGCCAUCGCAAAAAUAUUCGACCCUCUCGGUCUCAUUGGACCUGUAAUUGCCGUGGCGAAAAUUAUUCUUCAGGAGCUUCAUAAAUUGGAAGUCGAUUGGGAAGAUGAAGUUUCUGGGGAUUGCUUGGAUCAAUGGCAGUCAUUUGUUGGCUCCAUUCAAGAUCUUCAGGCCAUUAGCAUUCCCCGCUGGAUCUCACAAUUUCCAACUCCAUCUUGUCUAGAAUUGCAUGGAUUUUGUGAUGAGCUCGGGAAUCGAUGUUCAUCUCUACUCACUUCCAAAUCGAGGGUAGCUCCACAGAAGAAUCCCCAAACCAUUCCGCGCCUUGAACUUUGUGGCGCACUCUUGCUUUCGAAUCUCAUGGAGAAGAUCAAGGAGAUCUUUGCCCCCGCUGCUAUCUAUUUAUGGACGGAUUCUACGAUCGUCCUAUCGUGGUUAAAUUCCCCUCCUGACUCUUACAAGAAAUUUGUGGCCAACCGAAUCGGGAAUAUCUUGAAAAUCACUUCGGCUCUUCAGUGGAAGCAUGUUCCUACACUGGAUAACCCAGCUGACCUUAUUUCAAGGGGAGCUAGUCCCAGUCAGCUUUCCGCCUCUACUUUGUGGUGGCAUGGACCGCCUUGGCUGAAGUGUGAUGAAUCUGAAUGGCCACAAAUUCCACCCAAUUGUAUUCGCCAUGUUCCUAAUGAUGCCAAGGCUUCCGUAAAUUUCUUCUCUACUUGGAUGGAAGAAGUAUCAUCUCUAAAGCGACUUCAGUUUCGCAUGGCAUUUGUCUUGCGCUUUAUCCACAAUUGUCUCCAUCCGGAGUCAAAGCGCACUGGAAAGUUCUCGGUCGAGGAAUUAGAGCGUGCUCUACGAAAAUUGAUUUAUCUCGAUCAACAUGAGUGCUUUCCUCAAGUUAUUCGUCAGCUUCAAAUUGGACGUGGCAUCAUGGCUCCGUGGAAGUUUCUUCAGUCGUUGUCUCCAUACUUGGAUCUUGAAGGACUUGUUCGUGUGGGUGGUAGACUGGAGAAAUCCCACGAAGCAUUUGAGACUAAACAUCCCAUAUUGUUGCCCAAGUCAACGCUACAGGAGCUCAUCGCGCAAAAGGAACAUCUCCGGCAAUUACAUGCCGCUCCGUCAUUACUCUUGGCGUCUCUUCGUCAAAAUUAUUGGCCAAUUUCGGGAAGAAACUUGGCUCGGAAAAUUGUACGAUCCUGUAUCACUUGCGUGAGGGCUCGUCCUAAGCCUUUGGAGCAGAUUAUGGGAGACCUACCUGCUCACAGAGUGACCUAUGAGCGCCCCUUUUAUGCCACGGCCGUAGACUAUGCUGGGCCACUGACCUACAAGCUCAGCAAUGUGAAGAAAUCUAAGACAGCUAAAGCCUACAUUUGUCUUUUCGUCUGCCUGUCAGUGAAGGCAAUCCACUUGGAGUUGGUGACGGAUCUGACGACAGAAGCGUUCUUGGCAGCUUUCCGACGAUUUGUGUCCCGACGUUCCGCCCCAAGACACAUGUAUUCAGAUUGCGGGACGAAUUUUGUGGGUGCAAGUCGGGAGCUAUGCAAACUCCACUCGAAUCACGACGAUAUUGCUGAUGCUACCUCUGAAAUUGGAAUCGUCUGGCAUUUUAACCCGCCUGGGGCUCCACAUCAGGGAGGGCUCUGGGAGGCAGGAGUUAAGAGCGUUAAGUUCCACCUGAAUCGUACUCUUGGUCAAACGCUCAACACUUACGAGGAAAUUGUCACUAUUCUCUACCAGAUUGAGGCUAUUCUAAAUAGUCGUCCACUGUGUCUCGCGUCUGAGGAUCCAUCUGAAACAGAUUAUUUGACGCCAGGACAUUUCCUUGUGGGUGCCCCAUUGAAUGCAUUGCCCAAUCCAGACCUUUCCCAUAUCAACACUAACCAUCUUGGGCGUUGGCAAUAUUGCCAGGAGAGAAGCCAGCACUUUGCUUAUCGCUGGAAGAGAGAGUACUUAAAUACUCUGCAACAAAGGAUGAAGUGGAAGAAUCCUCACCCGAAUGUCGACGUGGGAGACGUGGUCCUAACCCUGGAGGAUGUCACGGGGAAAUGGAUCCUUGGAAGGAUUGCAACAGUGCACUCUGGUGCCGACGGACACGUGCGUGUAGUUACUAUACGCACAUCCAAAGGAGUCUUCAAGAGGCCAAUCACCAAGGUGGCAUUCUUGCCAGUCAAGGAGCAGUCUGGGCCUACGUCCAUCCUGGGGGAGGAUGUACACGCCGCCACUGAGUAGCGAAAUAUCGGCGGGAAAAUAUUCACCACAUGCACUCUUCCCGCCUCUCAUAUCUCCCACUUCUCAUCCUCUCCCAAAUAUCCCGUUCGAUCCUCACUCUCUCACUCUCCCCUUUCUUUGUGCAAAUUGAAAAAUGAGUCUUACGCAAUCACCCAAGCCAUCAGCCACAGUGCCAAAAUUUGUUAAAUAAAAAAGUCUUUAAAAGUGAA